UGGACACAAGUGUGUGAAUACAUAAGUGCGUUUAUGUAUUUAAGUGUGUGUUUAGGCAUAAAAGAGUGUGCUUUACCUUUAUAAUAUUAGGAGACUAAUUUUUUGCUGUUUUUCGUGUGCUUUCAUCCAGCUCGGUCGCCGUUGGGAUCUUUCAGCAACAACAAUGCAAGCAAUGCACACUUGAGACAGUCGCGGGCAGCAGCAGCAAUGUGGCAGCCAUGAGGCGGCGGCACUGCAUUUGCUGCCAGCUGUUACUAUGCCCGGCAACCACUUGUUGCAGGCACUCAUGAUGCAACAGCAACCACAACAACAACAACAACAACAUAAUAUAGCAACAAUAACAACAACAACUAGAACAACAAUACAACAACGAACUCGAGCCAAGUUGGUGGGCAAAAAUCGCCCAUACGCCAUGUGGGAGCGCGUCGAUCGGAGGAUGUUGCAUGAACAACCAGGCGCCACAGUGGCCCAUGGCCAAGGCCAAGGCUGAAGCCACUCAUACACACAGGCGCACACACACACGCACACACAUACACAGGCACACACACGCAUCAGAGCAACUAAAACAAGAACAAAUACUGGAAACAUCAACAAAAGUUGAAGAAUUCCGCUGAACUCGAACGAAACGAAACAAAAACAACGCAAAAUGUCUGAGUCGCGCCGACAAUCGGUGAGCUUGACGGCUAUGCCGCCUGGUGUCCUGGUCAACGAUAGCCGGGCCAAUUCCACCGAUGACAUCCAGAUCGCCUUGGCCCCGCACAUCCAGACCUAUCUGAGCCAGACGGGACGGAGGCACUCCUGCUGCAGCGUCAUGCUCCCGGUGGCCUUCGAGCGGGCGGCGGCCAAGUCCUGGCUGGAUCCCAAGUUUGAUUCUCCAGUGCUCGAGGAGCAGUAUCAGGCCAGUGUAUUUCCCCAUGUUCGUAUGCGUUACAGGUUCACCCUCUCGUACAUCCUGCUCUGCUCACUGAUGUGGUGCCUGUACUUUGUGGUGGAUGGUGGUUCGGAGGACUUUUGGCGUCCCAUCUCCAGUAGCUUCUCCAUGCUCUCACUGGUGACGAUCAUGGCCUUGUGCUUCACCCACUGGGAGUUGUAUCGUGACCAUAGGACAGUGACCUCCGCCGUGACAGCGUUGCUCCUGUGUGGCGCCUCUCUGGCUUUCCUCACGUACACGGGAAGAGCCUUUAGUCCACUGGGUCACUUUGCCAUUUGCCUGGAAAUUGUGCUCCUCAUCUACACGGCGCUACCGAUGCCUCUCUGGUUGGGAGCCAGCAUAGCCAUUAGUUACUCCAUUGCCUUUGAGAUGGUCUCGCACAUGGUCAUUGGUUGCAGUGGCAUUCAUGGAGGAGCAGGAUCAGUAGGAGCAGGAGCAGGAACAGGAGCAGGAGAUCCCAGCAACAAGAUCCUGGUACUCCGGAUAAUGGCCCAUCUGAGUGUGCAUUUGGUGGGAGUCCAUGUGCUGAUCAUGAACCUAGUGCGCAUGCGUGGCACCUUCAUGAAGGUGGGUCAGAAUCUCCUCGUGCGCCGCCAACUGGAAAUGGAGAAGCAGCUCAAAGAGAAGAUGAUUCACUCGGUGAUGCCACCAAAAGUGGCCGAUAUGCUGCUCAAUGAAGGCGGCACAGCUGGCCUCGAUGCGGGUGGCAUGCCCCCAGAGUCGCACUACAUGCGACCACGGGCCUCCAACGAUGUGAAGUCCCUGUUUCGACCCUUUCAUAUGCACAGCAUGGAGAAUGUGAGCAUCCUAUUUGCAGACAUUGUGGGCUUCACCCGCAUGUCCUCCACAAAGACGGCCGAGCAGCUGGUGGAGAUUCUCAACGAUCUCUUCGAGCGUUUCGAUGAUCUCUGCUCGCUGAGUGGCUGCGAGAAGAUCUCAACGCUGGGCGAUUGCUAUUACUGCGUCUCCGGUUGUCCAGAGCCCCGGGCGGAUCAUGCCAUCUGCUGUGUGGAGAUGGGUCUGGGCAUGAUCGAUGCCAUGCGUUGCUUUGAUGCCCAGCGGCACGAGGGUGUCAAGAUGCGAGUGGGCGUCCACACGGGGACCGUGCUCUGUGGGAUUGUGGGCACACGGCGGGUGAAGUUCGAUGUGUGGAGCAAUGAUGUCAGUUUGGCCAACAAAAUGGAAUCCUCGGGCAGGCCAGAGCAGGUGCACAUCUCACAGGAGACAUCCAGCUUCUUGGGUGAUGCCUACUACUUGGAGGAGGGCGAGGAGGUCUUUGGCCAUCGCACCUACUUUGUGGUGGGACGACGUCGUGACUUUUGCCGCACCAAUAGCCUGAGUCCCAGCAUGCCUGCCAAUCCCGUUGGCAGCUCCCUCCUCCUGCCCGGCGGCCAUGUGGCUUCACUGUCGCAAAGCGCCACCAAUGUAUCCGUGGUGCAGCCCAAUGUCCCGCCCGCCUCGCCGGUGGGUCAGCUCUCCAGCUCGCUGAAUCCCUCGCCAGUGCUCUCCAUGCGACCGCGUCUCACCUCCUUGAGCAUGAAGCUGCGCAAGAAGUCACAGAGUCGAGACCGAGAUAGGGACAGAGAUCGUGAUGUGGAACGCGGCAUCAUUCAUCCAGCGGCAGCGGGUGUGCCACCUGUCAUUGUAGUCCGAGAGCGGCCCAAGAUCAUCAUUACGACCAAGUCGCUGCCGGGCAGCUUGGACUCCGAUGAGCAACCUCUGCCGGCCAGUCCACCGCCUCCACAUCCACCAGUGCCGCCGCCACCACCGCCGCCGAGUACCACAUCCGCCAAGAUCAAACUAAAGGUAUGGAAGGUGACGCGUUUCCUUAAGCGAUUCGAGGAUCUGGCCAGUCGGAAUAACAGUGCCAGCAGCUCCUCGUCACCAGCAACGGCAGCAGAAGCUCAGCAGGAGAGGGAAAGGGAAAGAGAGCGAGAGAAGGAGGAACUGAAUCCACAUCAUCACGCUCUAAAUCACGAGGAGACGAUGGCCUUCAUGGACAGCCAAACGCAGAAUGGUUGCGGCUAUCAACAGCUGCCCGUGCUCGUGGAGCAGCGUACUCAGACUCUGGACAUACCAACAGCUGCUCGUCCAGUGCUUCAUCAUGCGGCGACAUCGACAGCCUUGGCCAGCAGUGUGCUCCGUUCACCGGAGGCAGGAGCAGGCACUGCCACCGGCUGCUGCUCACCUGGUCAGUACUCCAUGUACGAUGACAUUAUCGAUGUUCGCUCCUACAUCAGUCAGUCGCGGAGUGAUAUCUCACCCUUUGGACGUUCAGGAAGCUAUCGAUCCCAGUGCGGACGUCAGUCCACCGGAGGCAAUGGAGCAGCAUGUGGAGUAACACCGGGUGGCUCGCAGGCAGUGCCCGCUGUGGAGCAAUCACCAUUGCCUAGGCCACGUGCCUCAACACUGGCCACGGGACGUCCUGGAGCGGGUAAUAGCCUGGAACCUGGGAGCUCCUCCUGCUUACCGGCACCCGGAGGAUCUGGAGGCUCUGGAUUCCCGCCCACGCACUCCCGCCAAUCGAGCAUCUGUCCCUCGGCCACGUCACGCAAAGAUUCGGGCAUCAAGAGCAACUCCCGCCGCUCGUCCAUCCAGCAACAGAUCUAUGCGCUGAAUCAGUCGGCGAUAAGUCAGCAUCGAGUCUCGGGAUACUUCACCAGCUCCACGUCCAGCAUCUCCAACCUGGGCGAGGUGGGCCAGGGACUGGGCAUGGGCCUAGGCCUUGGCAUGGGCCUCGGCAUGGGCAUGGGAAUGGGAGGACUCCCACUGGCCGUACAGCCGCCACCGCCGGCCCUCCUCAUGCCCGCCUGCUCCUCCCAGAUGGCCGAUCCCUUGGCCGCCUGCCUGCAGCAGCUGCGCAAGCAAUCCGAUCUCCAGCUGAUCCGAUGCGUCCGUGACAAUGCCCGAUCGCAGCGAAGUUACCUGGUGAAGCCACCGUUGCGAAGAUUUAGUCUCUACUUCAAGUCGCGGCAGCUGGAGCGAGAUUUCCGCUCCAAAGCGCAUCGUUUUGGGGCCGAGAACGAGACGGAGGGACCACCGACACUGGCCACGCCGCGGUACAACACCUACAUCGAUAUAUUCGUGGGCAUUGCCGUCUACCUGUGCAUCUCCGUCUCCCUGUUCCUGAUGACCCAGAACACGGUCAGUCCCAGCUUUCGGCUGUGGGUGACGCUCUUCUCCUGCUUCACGGGCAUCCAAGUGUUUGCCCUGUUCCUCUUCACCCGCCAGAUGUGUCGUCGGCAGAGCGGGAGUGGCCACAAUAAUAAUACUAAUCAUCGCCUGAGAUCCAAGUCGAGCAUCAGUGAGGAUCUAGAGCGGGAUGCAGAGAGGAAUAAGGAACGGGAUAAGGAACGGAAUCGAGACAAAGACCUGGAGAGAGAGCGUCGCAGAGAUCACUCCACUGGUUCUUCGAUAUCCUGUACGGAUCGGAUCUUUGAGGCCAUAUCCAGUUGGUAUCCCUGGCACAUCUGCCUGGCCGUGCUCAUGGCCAUGCCCGUGCUCCUGAUCAUUGCCAACUUCCUGCUGCUGGACCUGGAGCAACUGGAGGCCUUUGAGUAUCACUAUGGCUUCCUGAUCUUCGUGUGCAUCGUCCAUUUCUGCAACUUUACGCAGCUCAAUUGCUGGGUGCGCAAUGUCCUGGCCUUUCUGGCGGCCCUCUGCUUCAUCGGCAUAGCUGUGUCCCAGUUGAUGGUCUACAGUCAGAAUCGUGACGAUCUGCAGCAGCAACAGCAGCAGGAGCAGGAGCAGGACUCAUCCUCAUCAUCCUCUUCAAACUUCAGUGAGGAAAUCAAAUGGUUUCAGGACUACCAUGUCGAAAUCUAUCUGGAUUUACUGCUCAUCCUGGUCCUGGUGUGGUUCCUUAAUCGAGAAUUUGAAAUUGGCUAUCGGCUAACCUUCUAUGGCAAUGCUGUGGCCAACCAGGACAAGGUCCGAGUGCAGAACAUGAAGAACCAAGCGGAUAUGCUGCUGCACAACAUCAUACCCAAGCAUGUGGCAGAGCAUCUGAAGAAUACGGCCAAGUACUCGGAGAAUCAUCACAACAUAGCCAUCAUCUUUGCCUCCAUUGUCAACUUUAAUGAGAUGUACGAUGAGAGCUAUCUCGGUGGCAAGGAGUUCCUGCGCGUCCUCAACGAACUGAUUGGUGACUUCGAUGAGUUGCUGUCCCGUCCCGAGUUUCGUGCCGUUGAGAAGAUCAAGACCAUUGGGUCCACCUUUAUGGCAGCCAGUGGAUUGGAUCCAUCGCAUCGUGGAUUGGGAGAUGAGCACAUACACACGCUGAUGGAGUUCUCCAUUGCCAUGCAGGAGGUGGUGGAUGCUUUUAAUAAGGAUCUCCUCGAAUUUAAUCUCAUACUGAGGAUUGGCAUGAAUGUGGGCGAUGUCACCGCUGGCGUUAUUGGUACCAGCAAGCUCUACUAUGACAUCUGGGGCGAUGCAGUGAAUGUGGCCUCGCGCAUGGAUUCCACCGGCCUGCCCAAUCGGAUACAGGUGGGCAAGGACUGUCUGCCCUUCCUCACCAGCAACUAUGAGUUCGAGCCACGCGGCAGUGUCUAUGUAAAGGGUAAGGAUCACAUGGAGGUCUUUCUGUACACGGGCAGGAGAGAAAAGCCAUUGGAGGAGGAGGGAGUGCCUCUAAUAGGGGAGAAUCAGCAGCAGGAUGAGGAGCAGGAUCAGCAGCAGCAGGAGCAGGAGGAACAGCAAGAGAAACUCUUGCAGCAGCAGCAGCAGGAGGAGGAGGAGGAUGCGGAGAAGAAGCCUCUGCAGCUGGAACUGGAACUAGCCGAGAACGAUGACGACGAGGACGAUGAGGAUGAGGAUGAUGAUGAUCUGCACUCCAGCGAGACCACCACUCUAUUCAAAUCGCAGGAGUCACUGCAGGCAAAUGGAGGCAAUCACUUGGCACCAAACACCAGCAGCAAUCAUGCCGUGACCACCACCAACUCCAUGCCCUUGGAGACCUGAGAGGAGAGCCAAGCCAAGUCAUGGUUUCAAAAUUGCAUUUAAUGACUCUCACAAGAAGGAGCAGGAGCAGAUUCCGAGCAGGUGGAACCAAGAGAAGGAGGAAACGGAUACAGAUCGAGUGGGCGAAGAGGGGGAUUCGAGGUUGAGCAUCAACCGUGUUUUUUGUGAUAAUAAUUGAAUAUGAAUAGAUAGAAAUGGUAAACGAUAAACGAUAGGGCGCGAUAAAUGAUAGAAAACGAUAAACGAUAGUGACGAUAAAUGAUAGAAUCGGUUUAAAGUUGCUAGUGAUGAAUCGAUUGAUCGAUGGAUUAAUUGAUUGUUGUUAUUGCGGUUGGUCAAGUACAGUGCAAAGAUAUAUACAUAUAUAUAUAAAGAGGGAGAAAGGAGAUCCUUGAAAGAGAUAAGAAGAGAUCAGUUCGUUAUCGAAUUUAUAUUCGAUACAGUUUUGUUUUCUUUUUUGAUCUUAUCGAAACGGAAGUUACCCUAUAUUGUAUGCGCAUAUUUUACCUUCUGCCGCUGUUUUUAUUUCCUUUUUUUAAUAGCUCUAACUAAACUAAAUUUUAAAUUA